UUCUUUGGGCCUCAUCAACAACCACAGAACCACAAGUUGGGUAGCCUGGCAGUGUCAGAAGCCUGAGCCCAGCGUAGUGGCCAGCAGGCAGGACGAAUCACACUGAAUGCAAACCACAGAGUUUCGCAGAGUGGUAGAAGAAUCAUUGAGUCCCUCGCCUUCAUCAGAGGGUGCAUUUUCAGGAAGAAGUGAUGGCUUCAGACAGCAUAUUUGAGUCAUUUCCUUCGUACCCACAGUGCUUCGUGAGAGAAUGUGUACAUGGAAUGAGUACUUCUAGAGAUGUUCACGAUGCCAGCACGAGCCGCCGCUUCACGCCGCCUUCCACCGCGCUGAGCCCGGGCAAGAUGAGCGAGGCGCUACCGCUGGGCGCUCCGGACGCCGGCGCCGCCCUGGCCGGCAAGCUGAGGAGCGGCGACCGCAGCAUGGUGGAGGUGCUGGCCGACCACCCCGGCGAGCUGGUGCGCACCGACAGCCCCAACUUCCUCUGCUCCGUGCUGCCCACGCACUGGCGUUGCAACAAGACCCUGCCCAUCGCUUUCAAGGUGGUGGCUCUGGGGGACGUACCGGAUGGCACCCUGGUCACCGUGAUGGCCGGCAAUGAUGAAAACUACUCGGCUGAGCUGAGAAAUGCCACUGCGGCCAUGAAGAACCAAGUCGCACGAUUCAAUGACCUCAGGUUUGUCGGUCGGAGUGGAAGAGGGAAGAGCUUCACUCUGACUAUCACUGUCUUCACAAACCCACCACAAGUUGCCACCUACCACAGAGCCAUCAAAAUAACAGUGGAUGGACCCCGAGAACCUCGAAGACAUCGUCAGAAACUAGAUGAUCAGACCAAGCCCGGGAGCUUGUCCUUUUCCGAGCGGCUCAGUGAACUGGAGCAGCUACGGCGCACAGCCAUGAGGGUCAGCCCACACCACCCAGCCCCCACGCCCACCCCUCGGGCCUCCUUGAACCACUCCACUGCCUUUAACCCUCAGCCUCAGAGUCAGAUGCAGGAUACAAGGCAGAUCCAGCCAUCCCCACCAUGGUCCUAUGAUCAGUCCUACCAGUACCUGGGCUCAAUUGCCUCCCCUUCUGUGCACCCAGCAACACCCAUUUCACCUGGACGAGCAAGCGGCAUGACAACUCUUUCUGCAGAACUUUCCAGUCGACUCUCAACAGCUCCGGACCUGACCGCCUUCGGAGACCCACGCCAGUUCCCCGCGCUGCCCUCCAUCUCGGACCCCCGCAUGCACUACCCUGGCGCCUUCACCUACUCCCCGACGCCGGUCACGUCUGGCAUCGGCAUCGGCAUGUCGGCCAUGAGCUCGGCCACGCGCUACCACACGUACCUGCCGCCACCCUACCCCGGCUCGUCGCAGGCACAAGGCGGCCCUUUCCAGGCCAGCUCGCCCUCCUACCACCUGUACUACGGCACCUCAGCCGGCUCCUACCAGUUCUCGAUGGUGGGC